AUGGACAUUUUACAACACUGUUGGACACCUCCAGAAAGUUAUAACUUUAGUGAAGAUGCCACACAUUUAAAACGAAAAUUUAAGCAUGGUUGGCUGCAGACUUAUGCUCCUUGGCUUGCAUAUUCGAAACAGUUGAAAGGUGCACUAUGCUUGUACUGUGUGCUGUUUCCACCAACUGUUACACAUGGCGUUUUAGGUUCAUUUAUUAUCAGGCCUUUUACUCGUUAUAAACAUAUACAUGAAUACUGCAAAAACCAUGUCUCAAGUCACUGGCACAAAGUAGCAGUCAUAGCAGCAAAAAAUUUCACAGAGGAUUUGCCUGUACAAGUCAUGAUGGUAUCUGCACACAAGAAAGUAAUAGAAGAAAAUAGAAAAAUCUUAACGUCAAUUAUUUCGACUAUAAUAUUUUGUGGUACACAUGAUUUACCAUUAAGAGCUGGUGAUGAAAAUUUGAAACAACAUAUGGAAAAGGGCAAGAAGAACGCCAUAUACAUGUCUCCGGGAAUUCAAAAUGAACUCAUUAAUAUAUGUGGGACAGUUAUUAAAAAUGAUAUUAUUAACGACGCAAAGAAGGCUUAUGCCUACAGCAUAUUGACGGAUGAAAGCUGCGAUAUAUCAGGAAAGGAGCAGUUAUCAAUUGGCGUUCGAUUUUUCGACGAAAAAAUAAUGGCAGUCCGUGAGGAAUUUAUCGGAUUUGUAGAAUUGCCCGCUAUGGAUGCUAAAACUAUAGCAACAGCAAUAGACAACUUUUUACAAAACGAAAGUUUUGAUGUAGACAAGUGCGUUGGACAAGGCUACGAUGGUUAUUCAACUAUGGCAGGAAAAGAUGGUGGUGUACAAAAAAUUUUGCGAGAGAAAUAUAAGAAAGCCCUAUUUUUCCAUUGUGCAAGCCAUAAAUUAAAUCUAGUCGUCAAUGAUUUAAAUUUUGUUCCAGAAAUUCGUAACACUAUUUCCACAGUAAAAGACAUAAUCAAUUUUUUCCGUGAAUCUGUUAUACGAAGGAAAUAUGCGCCAAACAUCCCAAUUUUUUGUGAAACACGAUGGUCUCAAAAAUACAAAAGUAUCGCUAUAUUGAAAGAAAAUUUUCUCAGUAUUGUCCAAGGACUCGAACUGCUAUCAAAAGAUGGCAAUACUGCAACCAGAAAAACUGCUUUUCAAUUGCAUUGUGCUGCGACAAAAUCUAAAUUUAUUAUCUGUAUCGGUCUUAUAGCAAAGUAUUCCGCAUUGUUGGAACCUGUAGUAAAUGCUUUACAAUCGAAAAACAUAAACAUAUUACAAUGUGCGAAUCAUAUGAAAAAAAUAUUAAUUGUUAUAAAAGGUCACCGAGAAAUUGCGGACGUCAUAAGCCAAGAUCUUCUAGCUGCCGCCAAUAUAACUGCUCAAAAUAUCGGAGUAGAGAUACAACAGCAAAGGAUCAUAGGACAACAACAGUGCCGUUCAAACCCACCAGCGUCCAAUCCUACCGAAUUCUGGAAAAGGUCAUUGGUGAUUCCUUAUUUAGAUUCCUUAAUAAUUUCGUUAGAACAGCGAUUUUCUGAUAAAAACUUACCAGCCUGGUCAUUAUUAGUACUACAUCCUUUCACUAUGUUGGACAUGACAUUAGAAGAUUUUAUGAAAAAAGCACACAGUUUCUCUGAUUACUACAAUUUAAAUAACUUUUGCAAUGAAGCAGAAUUAUGGUACGUCCUUUGGAGGGAUAAAAACAUUAAAAAAGAAGAACUUAAAGAAUUGGAAUUAAUAGAGGUAUUAAAAGAAGCUAAAACUUUCUUCCCAGCAACAAUGCAUGCUCUGCUUAUUUCUCUAGCCCUACCGUGCACAACAAGCACCAUUGAAAGAUCUUUCAGUACAUUACGAAGGGUAAAAACCUGGUUGCGGUCAACAAUGUUAGAAAACCGCCUUAAUGGAUCAUUAUGGGGUGAAGUCGAAGUUAUAGAUGUAAAUACGGCGAAAGAAACGUCAAAUCUGCUUUCCCAUUUAACAUAUCGUCGCAUGACAAAUCUAAAUGGAUACAAAUUGAAAGUGGGUUACUUUAAGCGAAGUCAAAUGGUUGCAAAACCGACAAAAGCUCAAUCGAAUAUACAUGUACAUUACGAUUAUGCCGAUGUCUUUACACGAUUUGAUGAACAAAUGCUAAAUACAAUAUCUCGACAUAUAAAUUUUCAAGUGAAACUGAUAAAUCCGGCGGAUAAUAAAUCAUAUGGUUAUCAAUUGCCCAAUGGAACAUACGUCGGUGCUAUAGGUACUUAUGUAGCAAUACUUUAA